AUGACGUCGUACCCGCGCGUCGCGAGCGCCGGGAGCGAUCCGUGGACGAACGUCGAUCGUCGACCGCCCGAGACGUACGGCGGCGACGAGGAGACGUGGCGGGCGCGGUGCGAGCUCGCGGCGGCGUAUCAGGCGUGCGACGCGCUUGGGUUCAACGAAGGGGUGUGUAAUCACCUCACGUGCGUCGUUCCGGGACGACGAGACGCGUUUCUGUGCGCGCCGUACGGGUUGGCGUGGAGCGAGGCGUCGGCGGAUAAUUUGGUCGUCGUGGACGAGCGCGGGACGAUUUUGGAGGGUCAAGGGGAGAUCGAUGCGACGGCGUUUUUCAUUCAUCUCGCGAUUCACAAGGCUGGGGCGGCGUGCGUGCUGCACACGCACAUGCCCAAGGCGAGCGCGUUGUGUUGCGUCGAGCGCUUUGAGUUGGCGAUGUGUCACCAGAACUCGUUGCGGUUCGCCGGGGACAUCGCGUACGAUCCGACUUUUAACGGGUUGGUGUUGGAUAACGUCGAGGGCGAGCGCUUGGUCGGGGUGAUGAACGGCAAGCGCGUGCUCAUGCACAAGCAUCACGGCGUCAUCGUGUGCGGCGCCUCCGUCGCCGAGGCGUUCGACGACCUCUACUACCUCGAACGCGCGGCGGAGGUGCAAAUAUUGGCCAUGUCAACCGGUUCACCGUUAUCCAUCGUGAGCGAUGACGUCGCGCGACGGUUCAAGCGCGAUAUGGAGUCCGACGGCGGUAAGGCUCGGUGGGCGCGGCUCCAUUUCGAGGCGCGCAUGCGCGAGCUCGACCGGGACCCGAUUCGCCGCGUCUUCGCCGGCCGUCAUCGCCUCACCCAGUGA